ACCUCCUGUGGUAUCCUGGCAGUAGCCUAUCGCAGCCGGCUGAAGGGCAUCUAAUGAUGGACCGGAGGCGGAGGCAACAAGGAGAGCGCCGGUGCUUCGGACAAACCAGAGGAGUCUCACUUCCGACAGCCACCAGCCUCAGAUGGGAUCUAAGCGCGAGUGAGCGAGAUUAUUUUACGCGCAAAGUUUGACUUUACGCACGCGUGUAACGUGAUCUGUUAGGGAAUUACCUCUCCUAACGUGUCGACUUUGGGCUUUACGCAGUUUUAAGAGACGUUCAAGGUUGUUGUUUUUUUUUGUUUGUUUUUUUUUUUGUCCUGUGGAAGCUCCGUGUUUUGCGCUGCCGUCUGAAGUGUGUGCGAGAUCCAACCGGACAUCCACCACAGCCUGAGGAACAAAUUCAAACUGAAGCGUCUUCGAGACAUCCAGGAGUCCAGAGAGGAAAUACAUACACUACACGAAGAUGCAGCAUUUGGCCUCGUAGUUAAAACCUAAGACUGCUCCAAAAACGCACGAGACUCUCUGAGGAGUUCAGCUCGGACUAAACCAUGUUGGCGCUGCUCGGAGUUGUGCGUAAAAGCAGCCGCGCACCGGGCAGGAAGUGAACUAAUUAUUAUUAAACACCAUCCCUCAUUUCCAUAUCUAGCGUGAGUUGGCUGGACCGCAGCCAAUCACCCAUCGAAAGGCAGCUAGAGUCGCAAAAGCAUUAUCCUUCCUCCAUCAUAAUUACACUGACAUGCGCAAUCUGCACACGGACAUCAACACCAGCCACCGAUCGCUUAUUUCACCGACCCCGCUCCCUCCGAGGGGUCCCAUUCGCUGCUCGUAGAUGGUUCGGGAAAAGGCAGCGGGGAGACGCGCAAACGGUUCAACAUGUCCCGCCGCAAGCAAGCCAAGCCGCAGCACCUCAAGUCGGACGAAGAGGCGACGCAGAGCGGACUCCUGUGCAGAAACGGCCUCGUUAAGGUGGAAAGAGAGGAGGCCGACGGAGGCUGCCACGGCAGCGAGGAAACUCGCAUCUGCGACAAGUGCUGCGCUCAGUUCUUCUCUUGGGCCGAGCUGAACGAGCAUCAGAAAGUCUGCACCGAGGACCCCUUGGUGCUGAUAGUUAAGGACAACGAGCGGCUGCCCGCCCCCGAGGAGUCUCCCGUCGAGGCCUCUCCGGUUCCCAGCGUGGCCUCCAGCGACCUGUCCGCAGCCGAGUCCACGGACGCUGGCUUCGAGCUGGCGGAGGCUCUGGUUAACGACACUGACAGUCUGGAUAAUUUAGAGGAGGCGGGGGAGAGGGAUGAAGUCAUGGAGCUCGAGACUUGCCCACAGGACAAUACCAGCCCUCAGCUUGUGGAUUCAGCUGAGUCCUCCCAGAUGUCAGCAGCUGACAGCUACAGCAUGCCGAGCACGAACGUGACGCUGGAGAUCCUCCACAGCACCAGGGUGGCCGUGGCGCAGUUCUCCCAGGGGAUCGGCAGCGGCCCGGGAGGGAAGGCGGCUACCGCGGCCAUCCCCGUCAUCCUGGAGCACCUGCUGGCUCUGCAGCAACAACAGGUCCACCAGCUGCAGCUCAUCGAGCAGAUCUGCAACCAGGUCGCCGUCAUGAACAGGCAACCAACGCAGGCGGCGUUAAACCCAGCCUCCAGGCCCCUACCUCUGGCCCCCAACCCUUUCCCCUCUCAAGGCGUCGUCCCUCCUCCCAUCCUGCCUCUGUCGGGGACGAUGCCCUCGGCCGUCAACGGACAGGCCGCGGUUUCGUUGUCGUCUGUGCUUGAAAAGUCGCAGAGCAUCCCCCCACAAACUAUAUGCGGUCAGCCCACGUUAAGAGACGUCACAUGCACCUCGGCCUCCCCAGAAAUCUCCACCCACUCCCUGUCCAGCAGCGGCAGCAGCAUCUCCACGUUGCUGCCUCCUUACACAGGCUCACAUACCAGCAGCAUUAGCAGCGCUCAGACGCUGAGCUCCUCCAGCCCGCUCUCCCUGGCGCAGGGCGGCCUCCUCAGCUCUUCCUCCAGCCUGCCGUUCCUACCUCAGAGCCCCCCCAGCAGCGUCAUUUUCCCCAAUCCCUUGGCUAGCAUCGCCGCCACAGCUAAUGCACUUGACCCCCUCGCAGCCUUGAUGAAGCACAGGAAGGGGAAGAUGCCCAACGUGUCCUUGUUCGAGACCAAGCCCAGCCCGGAGGAGCCCUUCUUCAAGCAUAAAUGCAGGUUCUGUGCCAAAGUGUUUGGCAGCGACAGCGCUCUGCAGAUCCACCUGCGCUCCCAUACAGGAGAGCGGCCCUUCAAAUGCAACAUCUGCGGCAAUCGCUUUUCCACAAAAGGGAACUUAAAGGUGCACUUUCAGAGGCAUAAAGAGAAGUAUCCUCACGUUCAGAUGAACCCCUUCCCCGUGCCAGAAUAUCUAGACAAUAUGCCAACAAGUUCUGGGAUUCCCUACGGUAUGUCUAUCCCCCCAGAAAAACCUGUCUCCUCAUGGCUGGAUAACAAGCCCGUUGUAGCGACUCUGCCAGCCACUCUGGGUCUUCCGCUUUCCUCCACUAUUACCAGUAUCGGAGGCUCAAAUGACCCUGUAAGUGUAACACCAUCUGUUAAAUCUCCCUAUCAGCCAGCUCCUGGUGAAUGUGUAUCUGUGUCACCUAACCACAGAGGCAGUGAGGCUCAUUUCUCUCCUGUUUCAGAGUCUCCACAGCCUAACCGUCACACAGAAGGGCCCAAUGUGUUGAAAACAGAGGGGGUCCACCUGCCCCAAAGCUGCACCUUGAGGCUGAGGGCCAACCCGGUCACCGAAGCGACCAGCACCACGGCCUCGUCCGUGGCCACCACACCUGAACCCGUCGCCUCCGCAUCUCCCGCCUCCAACUCCCCUCCCCACUCAUUAAUCUUGGAGGAGACUAGAUUCCCGCCAGGCGGCUUCCUGGACUCUAUGCACACGUCGGAAACCUCAAAGCUCCAGCAGCUGGUGGAGAACAUUGACAAAAAGAUCACGGACCCGAACCAGUGCGUGCUCUGCCACCGCGUCCUCAGCUGCCAGAGCGCGCUGAAGAUGCACUACCGCAUCCACACGGGCGAGAGGCCCUUCAAAUGCAAAGUGUGCGGCAGGGCCUUCACCACCAAAGGGAACCUGAAGACCCACGUGGGCGUUCACAGGGAAAACCCCCCGGUCCUGGUGCAGCACUCCUGCCCCAUUUGCCAGAAGAAGUUCACCAACGCCGUCGUCCUCCAGCAGCACAUCCGCAUGCACAUGGUCGGCCAGAUUUCAGACUCGACCCUGGUGGACGGGCUGAAGGAGGUGGACGGUGACCUGUCCCUCAGCGAGAACAACUUCGACAGCCUCAGCAGCAACGGCAACGACCUCGCUGACGACAUGUCCAUGGAGGACGACAACGAGGAAGAGGAAGAGGAGGUAGUAGAGAAUAUGGAGGAGGGUGUGAAUUCAUCUAAACCUUACAUCUCUGAUUGUCACUCGCCCCCUAAGCCGCUCGCUAUCGUUUCAAGUAUAGCAGCUCUGGAGAACCAAACCAGGAUGCUUGACUCGACUGUGAGCCUACACCACUCCUUUGGCAUAAAUAUAAAAACGACCCAAACAAACGGCUGUAAAGACAGCAGCCACGUCAACACCGAAUCAGAGAAAAAGCUGGAGAAUCACAGCCCACACGCGUCCGAAUCCUCCUGCUCGCCUUGCGUGUCGGCGUCUCCCUUUCAAAGCAACUCUGAGGGCGUGACGAUCAAAUCACCGGCAGCGGGCAACAGCAGGCCGGAGUCCCAGGAACCGUUGGCAGCUUCGGUGAAGAGAGAGGAAUCUGAGUCUCCUACCUCUGCAUCACAGCCCGGCAAGCUCACCGUGAAAGAGGAGACUCCUUACAGCAUGUCGUUCGAGCUGAGCCGAGACAGAGCUGCAGGUCAAAGCGUGCACGGCCUGUGCUCUUCGUCGGGCUCGGUAAAGGCCGAGGUGAACGGCCACUCUCACCCAAACAACCCCCUGUUCAGCGUCCACAUCGGCCCAGCCUGCCCGUCCGUCUGCAGCCCGGGGGUGACCUCCCUGCUCGGCCCCGCGCCGCCGCGCCGGACGCCCAAGCAGCACAACUGCAACGUCUGCGGGAAGAACUUCUCGUCGGCCAGCGCCCUUCAGAUCCACGAGCGCACGCACACCGGAGAGAAGCCGUUCGUCUGCUCCAUCUGCGGCAGAGCCUUCACUACGAAGGGCAACCUGAAGGUUCAUAUGGGAACCCACAUGUGGAACAACACACCGGCGCGGAGAGGCCGGCGGCUCUCUGUGGAGAACCCCAUGGCCCUCCUGGGCGGAGAGGCCAUGAAGUUCGGAGAGAUGUUUCAGAAGGACCUGGCGGCUCGGGCCAUGAAUGUAGACGCCGGAUUUUGGAACCGUUACGCGACAGCUAUCACCAACAGCCUGGCCAUGAAGAACAACGAGAUCUCAGUGAUUCAGAACAGAGGCAUCUCUCAGCUCCACCCUCUGACUGCAGGCAUGGACAGAGUGAGCGGCGCAGCAGGUCCUAUAACCGGCCUCACCAAGGCGGGCAUGGACCUGGGGGGCAACAGACACUUUUCUAUGCUGAUCGACGACAGCAAAGAAAUCGGAAUCAAUUGAGAAAAAAAGAUGAAUGUUGGAAAUCUUAUGCAAAUUAUUAUGGACAUUAAAAUAUUUGUAAAACAUCUUGUUUGUUCUUAUGUACGAUAUAUAGACUUUUUAUCGAUCGACAGAGAAUAGUGAGGUGUUCACAUUCUGCUACUUUACUUUGCAGUCAUUUGUGAAUGUUUCUUUUUUUUCUAUCCAGUAAAGACGUUGUUCAACCUCGUACCUGAGAAUUCCUUCGGUGCUUCGAUGUGUGGUUGCUCAGAGUGAGGGACCAUGUGUUCAAAUCAAUAAUGCAAAGAGUCUGCUCUCUCCUCCGGACAGCUGCCCACUGCUGCUAGCUGGCGCAAAGCACAGAACAUGCUCAUAAAUACCCACAGUUAUGAACCGCAGAGCUCUGUUGUCAGUGUUAUGGUGAGAAACUGUCGUGAAACAACGGUUGGACCGAAUAAAAGCCACAACACAACCAGUCUGUAUGUUCAGUUCUAUACCUCAUAAUGUUAUUUUACAGAAAUUACAGGAAAAAAGUUCUACAUGAACUGUUUUUUUUUUUCUUUCUUCCAUUUAGUUUAAUUUAAAUAAACACCUACAGCACUCCUUACCUUU